CCCUCCUCCACCCAUAUGUUGGGGUCGGCCGCCCACACCGCCUCCAUUCGCCGAGGUGGUAGCAAGAGACACCUGGUGCAGGCCCUCCCGCCCCUCCCGCUGCCCCAUAGACCUACGGCGCCUGGCGAGGGACUGCCAGCUGCCUCUCUGCGCUCGCGUCCUCUUGACCCCCAGGCUGCUGUAAAGGAAUCCUGUCUCAGCCAAAAAGUCAGCAGGGCAGCUUCCAUCGGGGGGAAGGUCACAUGUGCGGGUGAGUCAGCAGUGCAGGGUUCCGCCAAACCUCCCCGCAGGACUGUUCCUGCCAAUGCUACGAAGGCCUCGAGGAGUCCCUCAGGAGGCGGCGGCAGCACACCCACUUAUAACAGGAACUUGAGGGCGUUGCCUGUCAGGUCCCCCACGCAGUCUCACGCCGUGGUGAACAUCAAUGAGCGGCGCCUGGCGGACAGGAGUCCCAAUGGCAACCACCACCUGCUGACCAAGACGAGUCCCAACGGCAACAGUCGCCUUCCUGCCUUCGGUGUUCUGGACAACACUCAGCGGCGGUACUUGGUGCGCACCGUUAGUCCGUUGCGGGAGAGGCCGCCCAAGCCUCCUCGAGAUUCCUCGCUGCGGGAAUCUCGAUCUCGCUGGCCCUCCCCCGCCAACAAUAACAACAAUAGCAACAAUAACAAUGAGAACGCCCGCCUUGCGAGACCUGCAGGGAACGAAAGCUGCCCCACGCCCGCCCCGCACCUGCAGUACCCACAGUUCAGUCACCUCCUGCCCAGUAAGGCAAAGCUCAAGCCCAAGUCCCCAACCCUCCCCCAGAAAUCCAGCAGAGCUGCCACCCAGGAGGCCCCUGCAUCCCAGGACCGGCCCGGCAGGCACGGCAGGAAUGCACAGGGCGCUGCGAAUCGCCUCGUCACCAGCCUCGCGACUCACCGUGUUUCUACAUCACAGCGGAGAGAAGGGCGCCGCCAAUCUAGUGAGCGACCUGAGGAGGCCGAGGGCAGGGACAGGGACGCCACCGCUCACCCCAAUGGUUGCCACGAUCCCCAGGAGGCCACUGUGACACUAAACGUGAGUGAUACUAUUCGGAGACGUAUCCCAAGGGACAGCCUGUGCUUGGAGGAGGACAAGCCGACCCCGGGGAAGGUGAGGACACUACAAGCGUGUAGCGAAGUACUUCUGAGGACACUUGAUGGCAAGAGGCGUCGCGUCACCGUGGCUUUGGUGGCGGGGCCUGAUGGAGAGCCGCCACCUUUGCGUCACUUCCGGCGUGUCAGCGUCUUGAGGAUCUCGUCUGAAUCAGUAGUGAGGGAAGGGUCGCCCUGGUCAUCCAUUAUUCAGGGACGGAGGGUGACUCGCCUUGCCUCCGUCAGUAGUCUGGAAGAGAGCGUGUGGCCAGCCAUGGGGAACAAACCACAUAAGGCAAGGGUGAGGAGCGGCCGCUCACCUACACCCACGUCCCAUUCACGCCCACAGGAGCGUUCCACCGAUCGCCGUCCCGCCAAGAAGACACGGGGCAGUGGCACGGACAAGGCUGACGAGGGGAAGGAGAGACCGGCGGGAGACGAGGAGUGGAGAAGGAAAGACGCUGUUAAUGAGUUAAGUGGGAACCCUCCUCCUCCGUUCAUUGGUGAGGGCGCCCUGGACAUCAGGGCAGCCCCUUCUACCUCAUCAGGAGAAACAAACACAAGUAAAACCCUCCCACCCCAGCAUGAUGUAUGCGCCUCGCUAAAGCCAGUGCCGGGGAAUGAAGUGGCGGCGGGAGGUGAUCCUCCUUAUCAGGGCGCCGGUGUCUGUGGAGCCGCUGCUGCUGCACGGGCCUGUGGGGGACGAGAUAAUAGAGGUUAUGAAUCAGAGGCUCAGCGGCGUGAGCCUCCCGCGCUGUCAUCCCAGACUCUACCGCCAGAUGGCGUGGAGGCCGAGUGUGCUGGCUUUGCCUUACCUGAGGCUGGAAAGAAUGAAAAUGAAGGAGAGGAGACCCAUGGCGGGGAGACAGAGGCGGGGAGAUGUGUAGAGCAAAGCGGAGAGACGAUAAGUGGAGAUGAAGCACCAAGAAAUCACCGAGAACCAGGACGCCGUGAAGAGGGAGGCGCAUCGCAGAGCCUGGAAAAGUGUGUGAGUCCAGGCAAGGAGUGGAAGCCACCACACGAGUACGUGGAAAUAGAGGAAUUAGAGAGGCGAGGCGAGGCGGAGGGAAGAGAUGGGGGAGGAGGAGCAGCGGGAGGAGAGAAGAGGAAGAGCGUAGUGGAGGCCAUACAGGAGCUCUACCAAGAAGAAGACUCCUUCUGCACGAGUUACUUGGAGGAGGAGUUCAGUCAGGACAUCAUCAAGAUCUACACAGACUGGGCCAACCACUACCUCGAGAAGUCCCGCAGCCGCCGCCACAUCCACGAUUUGCAGGCAGAUGUCACUGAUGGCGUGGUGCUUGCUGAAGUCAUCGAGGCUGUCACUGGGCAGAAAGUACCUGAUAUCAAUAAGAAACCAAAGAACUCUACACAAAUGCUGGACAACAUUGGCGCGUCGCUGUCCUACCUGGCAGGGCUGGGCGUGGCCUUGGACGGACUCACGGCCAAGGACAUCAAGGACGGCAACCUCAAGGCCAUCCUCUCCCUCUUCUUCGCCCUCUCCAGGUACAAGCAGCAGCAGAAGCAGGCGCAGCAGGAGAGGAAGGAACUCGAGAAACUCCGGGAGAAGAAGCAAGAGAGCGAGAUGGUGACGACGGCUGCUUCUAAAUUGGGGUCGCCGUACAAGGGGCAUGUCAGCAGCGGCGGCGUCGGGGGCGGCAGUGCCAUCCCCACUCCGGCACUGGGGGGGCGCAGACCUCCCCCGGAUCACCAUGGCCGGAUCCUCAGGAGUGCCACACCUGCGUCAUCGUCAGGAGCUUCUACAGGUUCCCAGCUGAAGAGUGCAGCAUCGGCCAGCAGCAGUCGGUCCACCUCCCCGGCCAACGGCAGUAGUUCCUUCAUCCCGCAGCCCAGGAGCCACAGCGGCCGGGCAUCGCUCAAUGAGAAACACAGCAAGACGAGCGGGACCUCUAACCUUGUACGGACGUCGCUGCGGGGUCCUUCAGGGCAGAGCGGUGGCCACAACAACAAUAACACAGCGGGCAACCACGUGCACGCCUCGCCCUACCACUCCCCCGCGCCUCCCGCCAAGCACAAGGACUCCAUGCUCGAUAAAUUCAAGCUCUUCAACCACAAGGAGAAGGAUGCGAGGAAUAAAACGACUAGCAGCAGCGGUGUGAGCAAGCGGACCAGCAGCAGCAGCGGCUUCAGUAGCGCCAGGUCUGAGCGAUCUGAUUCUUCCACUAGUGUGUGCUCUGACGCCAAGCCGCCGCCCCUGCCGCCCCAUCAGAGCUUGCCAGUGAGCACCAGCAGCAGCAGCAGUGACCAGGCGAGCCACGCCGACGUGCAGCAGGGAGGCGCGCCGCCCGCUAAACCUCAGGGACUUCGCGGCAUCAGGUCAAAGUUUUCCAAGUCGAGCAACAAAGACAGUAAGGAAUCUCCCAAGUCUUCGCGGAAGGAGAAGGAAAGGGAAGAACGAGAGGGGUCUCGAGGGUCGCCGCGGGGAGGACACAAGGCGCACCGCGACCCACGGGCUGAGCGAGGCGAAAGCCGCGAAAGAAGCGGCCGCGAGGAACGCUCCGGCAAGAAGAGUGAGAAGCUUACUCUGGAGCUGGAUGGCGGGUCCCGUUCCCGGUCCCAGCCACCCCAACACUCCCUGCCCGACCAGGCCAAGGAGUCACGGGUCGCAGCCUCUCGCCAGGACGCCUCGGCACAGUUCGCUGACCUCCACGUGCCCCCAGCGCUGCCGCCCAAAGAGAACUCCCACAAGGACAACUCAACAAUGCUGGUUGAGCAGAACUCGGUGGCGAUGCAGCAGCAACAGCACCACCACCACCACCAGCAACAACAACACCAGCAGCAGGGUGAUCCUGGCAUAGCGACCACCCCUGGCAGCCCCCUUCCCCCAGGCACGCCGGGCACUGGCAUCCCCAAGCCCACGGCUCACGUCAAGGGCCAGACCAAGGCAGCUCCUCCUGAGCGAACGGGGCCCACCACCCCGACGUCUUCGCCUAACGUGAACACUCCCCACCAAGCCAAGGACUACAAUAAGAUGGUCCGCCAUCAGUCAAGCUCUUCGACUUCCAAGGGCAGCAGCAGCAGCGGCGCGUCACGCAGCACCAGUACGCCUGCAGGUGUUGAUCCCAACUGUCCUCAAGAACCGCGGGACCCCAAGGGCUCGCUGCCUCGACAGAAGCAGCUGGGCAGACGUGAGGAGCCCUCCUCGGGCAUCAGCGUGGCGCUGGUGAGCCCAAUGCCCAUCCCGCGAGAGAAGGACCACCUGGUCACUCCUUCGGAGUCGGGCUCCAAUAUCAGCGAGUCGUCGCAAAGCAACAGCGGCCACAGCAACAGUAACUCGUCUGGCAACUCGUCGGUUAUCUACAAGCCCACUAGCUCCGAGGAUGACAGUGUCACCGACUACAAGAUGGGGAAGGUGGAUGAGAGGCCCGAGGGAGAGGAAGGAGACGAGGUGAUUUUGAAUAUCAAGCCGAUGCAGCCGCUGGUGCGCACCUCGCAGUACGGCUACAUGCGGGGGCUCGGCCUUCAUCAGGCACGCACCGUGCCGCCCUCUCUUCACGUCUCUAGGCUCGCCCUGCAGGAAACCGCCAACACGGUGCCUCAGAAGGGGAUGCGGCUCGGCCCUCACCUCAAACGGCCGCCAGGGAAUAACCAGGUGCUAGACGGGGACUACAGUGACCUGGAGAGUGUGGAGCUGACCAACGGUUACAUGUCAGACGGGGACGUGUUGAGGAACGUUGGCUACAGGUCCGGCAACUCUUCUGACCUGGACGGGUAUAUGAGUGAAGGAGGUGCCUCGCUGUACGCCCACCGCCUCAACCAGCGCUUCAAGGAGGGCAUGCGGCAAGUGCACGAGAGCAUGAAUAAGGUGCAACACUUCAUUCAGGACGAUAGUGGUGGCACAGAGGACACAGAGGAGGGGUCUUCUCUCCCCGCCUCCACCCCUUCGUCAGAACCUCCUUCCCCCUUUGACGAAGGAGGCGUUUUAGACGAAGAUGUAAAAAGUAAGGACGCGGGAGAAGAGACGAGUGUGUUUAACGAUAAGAGGAAGGCAGAAGGGAACACGCCAGAGGAGAAGGAAGGGGGAGAAGGAGGAGGUGGAAUAGGAGGAGAUAGUGGAGGAGUCAAGCGUUUCGACGACAGCAGCAGUCUGAGUUCCGGCGUGAGCGACACUUUGAACGAGAUGUCUGCCGAGGAUAUGCUGUCCACCUCGCUCUCCUCAGACCAUCCCGCGUACCAGAAGAGCCGUAGCAUGAAGGAAGUUGGGCUGAAGUUGCCAGUGGGCCUGAGUGGGUCACCAUCCCGCAAGGUGGCCAUGGGGGUGGACCCAUCGGGCAUGUACAAAGUGGUGUCCAGUCGAGCGCACGUCAAGAAGACAGAGAGCUCUCAGCAGACAGACAAUAGUGCCUUCAAACAAAUAUCAAAUACACAGUGGAAAAAAUAUGUUGAAAAUGGUAAGGGAAGCUUGGAACGUUCAGCUAGAGAGCUACAGAGAGGCAUGGACCCAUCAAGUGGAAGCUCCAGGAAGAUGGACCACAAGAAAUCAAACUUAGGAUCUCCUCAGUCUGGUGGCCCGGGCAGCGCACCUCUCGGCAGCGGCUCAGGGCCCUCGGGCUCAGGCUCUGCAGGAUCCAGGAAGGUAGAGAAGAAGGGAACCAGUGGGGAAAAGAAGAGAGAAGGAGAAAGAAGUAGCAGAGACAGAGGGGUAGGAGGUUUGAGUGCACAGCUUAAUGGUGACUCGAAAAAACUGCAAAACCCCAAGACUGCUCCAAGUCACUUUGGAUACAAUGGUAAAAGAACAACCAGCUCUGGAAGUGUUGCCAGCACUGGGAGCACCAAGGGAAGCAAAGGAAUCAAAGACGACAGCACAGGAGGCAGCUCUUCUCAUCAUGAAAGUUCUAGUCAUAGUUUAGAGAGGCCAAGAACCAAAUUGAAGGUAUCAGGAGGAACGCAGACCACAAGUGACUUACACUACAUGUCCAGUGGUGUGCACAGCGAUGGGGAAUAUUCCUCAGGCUCACUUGGCAGAAAGUACCAGCUCAAAUCCUAUUCCCUCAAUGGCCCUGUGGCAGCCCAGCUAUCACAGAGUGUGCGGGAGAGAAUCAUGCAGUCUCCAUAUGGCAAGGUUCACGUAGGGGAGUAUGCUCAGUACCCAUCUCCAUACUACAGGGAGAGGAGCCCACGCAUCAAGCCCACCGAUGGCUCCUUGAGCGACUCUCCGUAUUCCAAUUACGCUGAGUUGCAGUAUGGCGGGAGUCCCUACAGCAGCCCAUACUCCUGGGUGUCCAGGAGCAACUAUGCUGGCUCGGUGGCAUCAGCGCCCACGAGACCAUUGGGUGGCAGUCUGACAGAAGCAGAGAGUAUGGAGAGCAUAAGCUCUAGUGCCUCGAGUAUAGCUGCACAGAUCCAGCACGCUCGGGCCACCAGCCUCACCCAGGCCCGCCUCAUGAUGCACCAGCGAGAACUCUCCUCCUCACCCUCCCCUAGACUUGCUCGCUCCAAUAGUGUUAGCCAUCUUAUUGAACGGACCUUCCCUAGAUCCACAAAGUCCGAGAAGCUGUACAGCAGCAGUGGGCGGGAAAGCCACGCAUCGCAGCCCACCAGCCCCACGCCUCCCGGUGGUGCCAGGCUGCCUAUCUCCCCCCUCAACACUGUCAGAGGCUCCCCUUACUACUCCACUGUCAUACCUAGAACCUCCAAGGAUGACGAGUGUCAUGGCUCUUCACUGUCCCUUGUAUCAUCAUCCUCAUCACUGUACAGCUCACAGGAAGAGAAGCAGGCUGCUGAGAUUAGGAAGCUGCGGAAGGACUUGGCUGAGGCUCAAGAUAAAGUUGGAACUCUCACCAACCAACUCACUACUAAUGCACACAUGGUUGCUGCCUUUGAGCAAUCCCUGACCAACAUGACCAACCGACUGCAGCAGCUCACAGCCUCCUCUGAGCAGAAGGACUCGGAAGUAAUGGAACUCCGGAAAACAAUAGAAGCCCUCCGUCAGCAGAGUGUAGAUGCCGGGCUGACAGUGGCCUGCCUGCAAAGCGGCAAGUUGGUGCGAGGAACGUCGGUGGAGUCUGUGUCCAGCAUCUCCUCGGCCUGUUCUGCCGCCUCCCACACCUCCAACCACGACAAGAGUGAUGGCUCCAAGUCAGGAAAAAAGAAAGGAUGGCUCCGCAGUUCAUUCAGCAAAGCAUUCUCACGUGGCCACAAGAAGAGCAAGCAGGGAGUGUCGGGUGGCUCCGUGUCAGACAUUGAGGGGAUGGAGAGAGGAGACUCUUCAGCCCCUGCAUCACCUCAACUUCAGCGUGCUAAUGGGGAACCUGUGGAACUUGACUGUCAGUCCACUACAAGUAUGUGUAAAGAGCAAGUAAAAGAAGAAGACGUAGAAAACCUGAAGUGCCAGCUGCAGGAGAAGGACAUGGUUCUGACGGACAUUCGCCUGGAAGCCUUGUCCUCAGCUCACCAGCUGGAGUCCCUGAAGGAAACUCUAAGCAAGAUGAGAUCAGAAAUGAUAUCUUUAAAGCAGGACAAUGAUAGAUUACACAGACUGAUGUCCUCCAAAUCCCUAAAUUCUUCUCAAAGCUCCCUGCCAGUGUCAGACUCCAUAGAACAGAGACUCAGCCUGGGCGAGGAAGUGACUAUGCCAGACUCCACUGAUGUGAUUCUAAUUGACCCUAGUGAUAAAGAUGGAAAGAGAGUUAGUAUUACUGUGUACAUGGGCUGCCACGGUGACUAUGACAAAUAUGUAAAUCCCAUCGAUGGGCUGCAGGGGAGUGAGUGUAUCAUAGGUGCUAUUUCAGUAAGUGGUAAGACCAAGUGGGACAUGUUAGACAGUCUUGUAAAGAGAAUUUUCAAGGAGUACAUCUUGAGAGUGGACCCAGUGUCAAACCUUGGCUUGAGUGCAGACUCCAUCCUCUCCUACCACAUCGGCGAGAUCUCCAGAGGCCGCCACCCCGAGUCUCCCGAACUCUUGCCUUACGGAUAUUUAGUCGGGGAAGUGAUGGCCAUCAAGCUCAUCCUGAAGGGGGCCAAUAUUAACCAUGUUGAUGCUUUGGCCUUUGAAACAAUGAUCCCCAAGUCAAUAGUACAGAGGUAUGUGUCCCUUCUCACUGAGCACCGCAGGAUCAUCCUCUGUGGACCAUCGGGGACAGGAAAGACGUACUUGGCACAGAAAUUGGCUGAGUAUUUGGUGACUCGCAUGGAGAAGGAUCCAUCGCCAGGAUAUAUUGCAACAUUCAAUGUUGAUCAUAAGACUGGCAAGGACCUGGGAGCUUACCUGUCCCACAUUAGUGAUCAGUGUGAGAACAACAGUGCCGACCUGCCCUUGGUCAUCAUCCUGGACAACUUGCACCAUGCUGGGGCACUGACUGAUGUGUUCAACGGCUUCCUGAGUGCCAAGUACACCCAGUGUCCAUACAUCAUUGGUACCAUGAACCAGACGACAUCGUGUUCCACCACAAACCUUCAGUUGCACCACAACUUCAGAUGGGUCCUGAUGGCCAACCACAUGGAGCCAGUGAAGGGCCUAGUGGGGCGUGUGGCUCGCCGCCGCCUCACCCAGGUGGAGGUGGAGGCUGGCUCUCGCCUGCCCCGUCUGCAGCAGGUCCUGGACUGGCUGCCACGCUGCUGGAGUCAUAUUAACAAAUUCCUGGAAACGCAUUCCUCCUCAGAUGUCACCAUUGGGCCUCGCCUCUUCCUGUCCUGCCCUGGCUCUCUGGAAGGUUCACAGGUUUGGUUCACAGACUUGUGGAACUACUCCUUGGUACCUUACCUUGUGGAGGCAGUCAGGGAAGGACUUCAGCUCUAUGGAAAAAGAUCUACUUGGGAGGACCCAACCACAUGGAUCACGGAGACAUACCCAUGGCCACCAAGCAGCCACGCUGGACCCCAAGCCUUACUGUCCCUGCGUCCUGAAGAUGUGGGAUAUGACACUCUGGCUGCCACAGUCUCCUCCACCACCCAGGAUAAGUUUAAGAAUGACAAUCAGGGAGAAAAUGACCCACUGCUGAGUAUGUUAAUGAUACUGCAAGAAGCUGCAAACUAUUCCAGUCCACAGCAAGAUUCAGAUGCUGCUUCCAUAGAAAACAUGGAGAACCCCUUGAAGUCAAACAUCUAAGAAAACUAAUGUGGUCUGUCACAGAGUGGAUUGGCAAUGCCACAGAGAAGAACCAAAUGGAAUCAAGACAGGGGCACAUGUCAGCAAGCAGGGUAGCAGAGGGUGUGCUGGAUAGUGAGAUGGUCUGAGUCUGGGGGCGUGAGGGAAGACGGGUAAAUAUGGUGGGGUCUAGUCAGUCCUGGCGUCUACUCGCCAGAUAAGUGGUUCUGAUUGAAGUUUAAUUUUCACUGAGUUUUGGGGGACUUUCAUCAGACUACAUAAAUAGAAAUGUAAGUGAUUAUACAUUGCUCUUUUCGUAAUACAGCAUAAACAAUUUUGAAAUAGAUAUAAACUGGAAAUGAAAAAGAGACAUCUUUCUACUAUUUUAGAUAAAAUAGCCAGCAUUUGCUACUCCUGUUGAUUCAAACUGGGUCUACAGAGAGCAUGGCAUGGUUCCUAAUCUGUACAUUGAUGGCAUCUGUGUGUGAUGGAAAAUGGACUAUGAGCUGAAUAUAUAACAUUAUAGGAAGCUUAUUUUCCUCCAUCAAUUUAUAAUCAUUGAUUACUUUAAGUAUAUUAUAAAAAUUAUUUUGAAUGCCUGAUGUUUGUGCUGUGUAUACAAUAAGCUGUUCAUUUAAGACCUUUUUCUUUUGCAUUGAAACUGCAGAGAUCUAUACUAGAUUAUAACACAUGGUGCACAAAUAUAAUGUAUGAGGAGGAAUAGAACUUCCAGGUUCAAGUUCUUCCAAAUUACUUUAAUAUGUAUAUAUUUAUGAAUGGGUAAAAUGGCUGAAAGCUUUAAUGGGGUUCACUGAUAUGGUAGAUUGAUGUGUUUUGUUGCUUUGAAGCUCUUGCUGUCAAGUGUUCAUUCAGCUAGCAGACCUAAGCAGCUGCUGCUCCGAGACGAAAUACUGCACAGUACGUGUGUGUGUGCCUGUGUGUGUGUUUGGUGUGAGUUGAGUUAAACCAAAGCCAAGCUUUCCAGUGUCCUUAGCUUAAGUGCCUGAGAGCUAAGAGGACACCACCCCUUUUAAAGCAUCUUCAUAUUAUUUUAUUUAAUUCUCAAGAUUUUGGACACAAGCUUUUGAAUUUAAUAGCUUGAACAUUUUACUCUUCCUGCCCAGAGUUGCCAAAUUCUAUAUUGCUACUGACUUUAUAUAUUUUCCUUUAAUAUUGUAAAUAAUGUACAUAAUUCUAAAAUAGAAGAAUACAUACUAUUGGGAGGUAUAAGUGUGUACUGUUCCAUUAUUCAAGUGUGAAUGGUUGGUGUGUAUAGAAUGAGAAAUACUACUUCACCUCAAUAUUGUGUGAGAAACUUGUGAUAACAUGAAGCAGCAGCAAUGUGACAGUCAGCUUAGAGUCCAUGGAAUUAUACUGAAGCAUUUUAUGGAUGUUGAUGUCACAGUGACUCUGAUGGUGUUUAAUUAUUCAGGCUACAUCUGUAAUUUUGGUAGAUAUACAAAAGUGAAGCUGUUCCCUUAUUUCCAUUUUUAUACAGAAAUUGGCAUUUUUACAAUGCAUUUCCUUUGAAAUAUACUUGAGUGUUCUUUUA